AUGUUCUGUCACAACCGGCCAGAGCACGAGGACUCAAGAAAGAGAUCUACCCCCGCCUAUGACGCCCGUGGUACUGGCGUGCGGAGUUCAACAAGGCCUAUUCCAAGUCCUGUGCCCGGGGCUCUAGGCCACUCCUGUUUAGCUUGCGGUAUAGCCUGGCCGGUACCUUGCCCCAACGAGACGCCACCGGCAUCCACCAAGACAGACAGGAGUACUACCCGACAGCACCACCACCAGCCGGAGGAAGAGCCACAGAGCGCUGUGAGUGCCGCGAGCACCACAACAACCACAGCUCCCAACAUUGCCCCCGCACCUUUCUUCUCAUCAACAAAUAGUUCUUCCGACAACAUGCCAACAGCAAGCGCAAAAGGCCCCAUCGAUAUCAGCGCUUGCGCCGUUGCCAAGAAGUUGGGGGCAGAGGGGAUCGCUGCACUCUUCCGGGGCACCACCGACCGCGUGACGUAUUGGGGACGGGUGGACUGGAAAUGGUACGCAUCCGCUGGAGAGAAGGCAGCACCUCUGAUCACCAGCAGAGAGGAUGAGGCCAAGCGGACGAAUGCGGCAGAGGCCAGGUGCAAGGACCAACGACCGGCUUCGACUCUGCCAUACAGAUUCGGGAGCCAGUUGUCAAGAGCACGGCUGUCCAAUCCUGCCUAUGCGGGAAUGGCUGCUCCAGCGCGACAAGUGAUUCGGGAGUCAAAGGGUAUCCCAGAAUCCAAAGACCCGGACUUGCCAAUUCGAGCCGAUGAACUCAAUUCCCGGAUAACAAGAUCCAGUCGCAGGCAAAGAGACCCGACUUUUGGCUGCAUCGCGCGCGAAGUACUCGAGCCAGACAAUGAAUGCUCUAUGCGAUCAGCGACGAUCGAUGAGACGCGCGUAUCGCCACCCUGCCAUCUGUUGCGUGCGCAGAUGUCUUGGAAAGACUACCUGCGUGACCCUCGAUACGAGCCGUCAACGGAAGUAGAUCAACCAGACAUGCCUGUUUGUGACUGCGGCGCACUGGCGCGCGUGUCUGUUGAUAAGAAGUCGGAAGCUGAAUCUUCGCCCGGCAGCGGAUCACCGUGUUAUAUAUCUGGAACCCUGCUACGAUGGCGAGAGUUGGUAACUCUGCUGGAGUUUCUGAGGAGUCCUCAUCCAACAGCCGCGACUCAGAAGAAUCUACAUUUGGAUAGCCAGAAGGUGCUGAAGCUGACAACCACGGAAGAGGUUCUACAGGUGGAGAUAGAGCCGACGAUACCGAGACAAGAGGGACAUAUUACACUUCAGGACGAUGAAGUCAGAGAUCCCCAGAGGGUACAAUACGAUGUGUCGGUCAGGCCUCCAAUGCAACCAUGCGCCGGCGAUGGUCACCUCGAGAUCGCCCGUGAUCCACCGCCGUCCGACCGGCACAUUGACACGGCGAUCUCGAGACGGAGGCGAACAGCUCUGCAGUACGCUGCCUACUGCGGCAGCGAGGAGGGGGUCAGGGAUCUACUUGAACACGGCACGUAUGUUCAUGCGACGGACCCGUAG